GCCAUCUUGGAUACUUUCGGUCGCGAAACAAACGGCUCUUUGAGAUGAACGACGGCUCCUCACCGAGAGCCGUUCGUCAGCGUAGGGGAGGGAUCGUUGUGCUACAAACAGAGCAGCACCACAUGAGAAAUGGAAGGCGAGAAACCAGCUGAGGGGGAAGAGAGAGAGAGAGAGAUCGCAAGCGAGCGCUCAGUUUUGUUUUGUUUUUUAGCCUUUAGCUGCUCAGCUCUCUGUCAGUGGCUCCGCUCUGGACCUUACCAAGCUCCGCCCACAACCGACCCAGAAAGUCUCACAAACAAAGCCUCGCGGCGCUUUGUUUCUAUGUAAACAUGGGGAAUUCCACUUGAACUGAUAAGAGUAUUUCUGAGUCGAUUAUUGCAUAAUUUAUGCUCGGAUUUUCACCAAAUAUCAGCUACAACAAUGGACAGAGGAACUAACAAUGUAAAUGUCAUCUCUUUUGGAUGACAUCAAGGUGUUUGAACCACGAUGCUCCAACAUUGUGCACGUCACAGCACAACGCUUUCGGUCGAUGAGGAAAACGGCAGUGAUAAACCUCAGCAUCAAUAUAGCUGUGGACAAGAUCACUGAUGCCUAUUGGUCUUGCAAGGCUGGUGAGACAUUCAUGACUACGAGCAAGUGAAGAUUUGCUCACUUUUGUAGCAGCAAGUACCAUCUCCUUGAACCAGCAGGUGGCGCUAGUGCAAGUCGAAUGACGGCAACCUCAGUCAAGUAAUAGUAGAAGAAGAGGGCAUUUCCUGCGCAGAUGUUAAAAGGAACAAAUUCUGAAAUAUUCAUGGCUUGACUAUAAAUGAAUGUGUUGGAAGUGAAAAAUACCGAAGCUCAAGAUGAACUACGUGCCAGGGACGGCGAGCCUCAUUGACGACAUCGACAAAAAGCACCUGGUGUUGCUCCGAGAUGGCAGAACUCUGAUUGGUUACCUCAGGAGCAUCGACCAGUUUGCCAAUUUGGUGUUUCACCAGACGGUGGAGCGCAUCCACGUGGGGAAAAAGUUUGGAGACAUCCCGAGAGGCAUCUUCAUCGUGAGAGGGGAAAAUGUGGUUCUGCUUGGAGAGAUGGACGUGGAUAAGCCCUGCGACACCAUCCUGCAGCAGGUCUCCAUCGAAGAGAUCCUAGAGGAGCAGCGGCUGCAGCAGCAAGCCAAGCAGGAGACGGAGAAAGUCAAGAUGCAGGUCCUGAAGGACCGAGGCCUCUCCAUUCCCAAAGCGGAUAACUUGGACGAGUACUAAAGCAGCUUUCCAUAUUUUUUUUUUUUUUCUCAGUUUGUAUCGGACUUGUAACUUGUACCUUUGAACCGAGGAGUUUAGUGUUUUGUGGGCAGAAUUAUCAAGUUGCAUCCAUUUACUGUACUCGUUGAUUUUUAUUGGACGUAUUUGAAGGAAAAUGUGAUCAGCUCACCUCAGUUUUGUGAGAUCAUGGCAGUAAAGUACAAAAAAAAUUGUUUUUCCAGAUUACUGUUAGUAGUUUUGAGUAUAUAAAAGCACUUUGUAUUUCGUUACAACAUGGUGAGCUUUCAUGUUUGAGGAUGUCUGCGUCUGCUAAUGAUGAGCACUACUUUCUCAAAUAAACGAAUGAUUAGUUUGUCA